CGCGUCCAAACACAAAACUGCGUACGCCGCCGCUGCUGCUCGCAUCGCAUCUGCUGGACGUUGGAAAGAGGCUACAAUUCCCCGUGAAAGGACGAAUCUCGUCUUCUCCACAAGGACUAAAACAAAGGGCACUUUAUGUAUUAGGAAGGGUAUACUACAUUAAGUCAUCGACAGAGCACUGACCUUCUUCGAGGGUAAGAUAAUGUGGUGCUGGUGAGUCCUGCAGGGAAGGUGGGAAGACGUGCCCCUUGCGUGUGAUGGAGGCCCCGGCAGCCCAUCCCCCGACGGUGGCCGGCCCCUCCCAGCUGUGGCAGCCGGCGCGGCGCCGGAGCCGCAAGGCAGGCUCCCCCAACAUCUUCCGCGGCAUGAACGUGCACCAGCUGCAGCGGCUCUUCCAACGGGCGGGCGACCAGGACGCCGAGCAGCGGGCAGAGCUGGUGUGGGGCCACGGCGAUGCGGCCGACCUGGCACAGGCCCUUGUUGAACUGCGGGCGCGGCGGCGGAGGGGCGAGCGGAGGGGUGAGGCAGCCGGCGCCACUCUGGGGCCCAAGUGGCUCAGAGCGUUUGGGCAUCUCAGGAUCAACGAUGGCACAGCAAGCAGCCCGGAUGAGAAUGAUGAGAAGGACAUAGAGACAGAGCCCUGCACCCCCAACAGGCCGAGUGUGGUACUGCAAGGUGUAGCAGGAAGCCAGGGGGAGGCAUCCACCGCCGAUAGAUCCGCGGAUUCGGAGCAGCACCAGGCUGCCCCCUCCGGCUCCCUGUGGAGCAGGGCCAGGGUCCUGAAGCAGAGGGGCACAAAGAGCCCAGAACGCUACCUCCACCGGAUCAUACACUGACCAGAUGGGCCAGUGCACCCCAUGUGGCCGCCGUGUGUAAUGACGGCAGACACAAAAUCUUAAAGCUCAGUGUACAAUUUAGGGACAAAGGUAGACUCUCUCAUACCCAUGCUGUCCUUCUGUAUCGUGAAGGAAGUCAGCUUCACCUGAAGAGGUGCUGUGAAUUCUGGGAAUGCUCCAUGACCAGUCAUAGAGAUGGAAAGUGAAAACGCGACUUUAAGACUGCAAUGGUUGCCAAAUGUUCUCUCAGCGCUACCUCAGCGUUUCACUACCCCUCUCGGGUGGCCUUACUGACGCCUCACACAUUCCCGUCAUACCGCCCUGCCGUGUGACUCUGCAGCGUCGAUGCCGGGCGAUUACCAUCAGUCAAGUGUGAAACCAAUUAAAAAGCAGAGAGCUCCUCCCUCAGAAAAAUGUCUCCAGAAAUGUAGCAACAGUGAGGAAUCUUACAGAGCCAAGCAGGAGAGAGUCUUCCAGAAAGGUGUUACUGAGAAGCUUCCAAGAAGAUGCAGCCCAAAAGGCACAUUCCAGAGAGGGCUGUUUGGUGCUUAUCGACUUGUUUGGACUCGAUGCUGAAAGUCUGCACCAAUAUAAGGUUGUCUCACCUACACUAUACACAAGUGCUGUCCUCCUCUAGCCUCUUGAGUGAAGGAAAAUGGAAACUUGCCAAUGCCCUCAACUGUAGAUCUGGCAUGUGGUUUAGUGUCUUCCCAAACAGACACGCUCAGAAAGGUUCACUGAACAAAAUCCAUUAAAGUCAUGCAUCAAGUCUCAUUUUUAUGAGAACGUACUGUUCAGCACAGGCCUUCCUACCUUUGUGUGCUGUAUCUGAACUCAUAAACCUACAUGUUUUAUGGCCAAGAAGGGGCUGGAUGCAUUCAGGCUCCAGAAAGCAAGCUGCUCACCUGAGAAGGUCACAAUCUGUAAAAAUGUAUUUGCAGCAGCAACUUUAAAAAUCAAGGUGGUUUAAAUGACUGGAAAAGCUGACACUAUUCUUUAGCCUUCCACAUCUCUCAUUAUACCAGACUGUGCACUUUAAUUGAAGGCACUACUUUUUUUGGAACUACAGACUUAUUGACAUAGAUGCUGAAACGGUACUGUUUCCUAUUUAUUAUGUAUUGU